UCACGAAACAUGGUUGUUUUUCAGCUUUUCCUGUAGAUUUUUUGAGUAAUAAGUUUCUUUCAAACUUAAUAAUUUUGAAUUAUAAUGAAGCAUACAUAGCAAUAUUAAUUUUUGUUUGAUAUUGUUAUGUUUGAUAUAUGUAAAUAACCUAGCAGUUAGCGUCUGAAAGUGCUUCUGUACAGUAAAGUUGUUAUUGGAAAUAAACAUGAAUUUUGUGUAUUUUCAAUGAUUUAAGUGUUCAGGAUGGUUGUUGGAUCGGCGGCGUAUCCUGGGCGGCAGGUGCUCCACAAGAUGCAGCCGAUGGGCAUGACUCCUCGCGAGCUAUCGGAAUAUGACGACCUGGCGACAGCUCUCAUCGUGGAUCCUUACCUUGGCAUUACCACUCAUAAAAUGAAUAUUCGUUAUAGACCUCUUAAAACAAAUAAGGAAGAAUUAAAGAACAUAAUCAAAGAAUUUAUUCAGACUCAAGACUACAACAAAGCAUACACAAAAUUAGCCAAUGGAGAGUGGAUGCCAAGACAUUUUAGCAAAAAUAAACAUCAACAGAGCAAACUCAGAGAACAUAUAUACCGCUAUUUACGAGUUUUCGAUAAAAAAGCUGGCUUUGUUAUUGAGCCUUGUUAUAGAUAUUCCUUGGAAGGUAGAGUUGGAGCUAAGAUUUCAACUACAAAAAAGUUCUUUAAACAUGAAAGGAUAGAUUUUCUUGUUGGAUGUAUUGCAGAGAUGACUGAAGAAGAAGAAAAACAACUUCUACAUCCUGGAAAAAAUGAUUUUUCGGUCAUGUAUAGUUGUAGAAAAAAUUGUGCACAAUUAUGGCUUGGGCCUGCGGCUUAUAUCAAUCAUGACUGUAGACCAACUUGUACUUUUGAAGCUACAGAUAGAGGCAAAGCUUUUGUCAGAGUCUUGCGGGACAUAGAAGUUGGAGAAGAAAUAACUUGUUUUUAUGGAGAAGAUUUUUUUGGAAAUGGGAAUUGUUACUGUGAGUGUGAAACUUGUGAAAGACGAGGCAAAGGCGCAUUUUCAGUUAAGAGUCCACUCAAUGAUGAACAAGCCACGCGAUAUAGAUUCAGAGAAACAGAUAAUAGGAUCAAUAGAACAAAAGCAAAGCAAAUUCAAAAAUCUGUGAAUGGGAAGAACAUGGAAAAAUCUCGAAUAUCUAAUAGGCAGGAUUCAAGCAUAGUGUCACCACUGAGCAUGAAGGAGAUGAAACAAAAAGGUUUAACAAAAUAUGAUGCUGAACUUUUAAUAGCUCAAGGAUGUAUUGCUGAUGUUGUGGAUGGCUCUGUUCAUAAAGAAACUCAGGGUAGUAGAGAGUCAUCUGCUUCAAGUCGAGGGGAACGGUUGCGGCGCCGCACAGACAGUUGCCGCGUAGCCAACGGCGCCGCGUCAACGACAGCCACAGGUAGUAUUCAACGUAAAGCUCCGCCUUCCCGUUGUUGUAGCACCACUAGCUCGCGAAGUAGUCGUGAUUCACACACAGGAAUAGUAUUGAGAAGUCAUAAAAGAUUAGUUGAUACUUGCCCUCCUUCUACUUUUACAAAAACAAAAGGUAGUUUCAAAGGAAAUUCAGAAACUAAAUCUGGUAGGAACCUUAAUACCCCUAAGUCUGAAACUGAUGUAACUACUGUAGAACCACAUAAUAUAGUUAUAAAAACCGAACCUACUAAUGACAACCAAAAAGAGAGCUGUGAAACAGAUGUCAAUCCUGUUGAUGUUGUCAAAACAGAUUUGGUAUCAACUGAGAAUGAAUGUGAUAUGAAGGAAUCUCCACAACCGAGAACUGAAGUAAAUACACUUGUACAAGUGAAACGUGAAGAUUCUGAAAAUCAUUCAGAUGCUCCAAAAGAACAAAAAGCUGAAGGUGAUGCAUGUGUAGGUGAAAAAUCAUGUUUGCAAAGUGAGAUUAAUGACUUUAGAGAAAAUGUAAAUCCAAGUGAAGCGAAAGAUAGUAAAAUGAACAAAAGUAACAAAGUAGAUGUAAAUUGGACUGAAGAAUCUAAAAAGGAAGCAGACUCUGGCCCUCCAUGGUUGGUAGAUAACUCCAACAAGAGCAGCGAGUGUCCGUGCACGCCGCCGCGCAGAGGGCUGAAGUUGACGCUGCGAGUGAAGCGCAGCCCGGCCGUGGAGGAGGUGCUGGAGUGCGGCGGCGCGGCCGAGGCGCCCGAGUACGAGGUCUUGCGGCUGGAGGGCGUCGACCCCGAGACCGCGCGCCGCCUCAAGAAGCGGCGGCGCUCUAAGGAACGCCACCGCAAACACAGUCCUAUCCGUCCCCUGCCUCCUAUGAAACGAUUAAGGUUAAUCUUUGGCAAUGAGAGUCGUACAAUUGAUCUACCUGCUGCUAUUUCAGCGGACUGACAGCCGCGACUACCUUAUGGUUAUGUUUCCACCGUUAUUAUUCAAUUAUUAGUUUAAUUGUCCCUGACUAGGAUUAUUUUAUCUAGUAUUUAUUACUGUGACGUGAAGCUUUUGUUUUAAGUAUUGUGUGAUAGGCAUCAGAUCUUUAUUGAUGAUUCCAUGGAAUAUUUAUUAAACAUAAAAGUGGAUGACUUGUUAUUUCAUUAGCACAAAAAUAAACUUAUGUCCUGGAAAAAUGUAUUUCAGUCUUGAUCAAAGACAAUCAAAGGGUCAAUAUUUUAAGACUUAUCAAAGUUUUGAUUUAUUAUGUACUUUUAUUAGUUAAUCUGAUAACAGAUAUGUGAAAUUCAUAAAAAUAAGCGAAUGCCUUACAUAGUAGUAACAUCAUCUUUUAUUAAUUCAUAUUAUAAAAAUGAUUUUCUUUUUAAAUAAUUUAUUGGAAUAAUAAUAUAAUCUAAAUGUUAAAAAAAUAUUGACAUGCUUGUUCCAGAGAGUCGAAAUUUUACCGUAUGUAUGACUAAUUAAUUAAUAAUCAUGCAGGGUGUUUAUUUCAUCUUCCAGACAUUAAAACUAUGUAGGUUAUUGAUGACUGAUUCUAUACCAAAUUAAUUGCAAAAAUUUGGAAUGUGUAAAAUAAUUCUAUGUACUUGCUGUGGUGCAUCCUUUAUGAAGUAGUAAUGAAUGACAAAUGAAUACCCUGUAUAUUGUCUUAAUUUGAUUGAUGAGUUUACAUUUCCAACUUUGUGUUCAUUGCAUGUAAUUUGUGUAAUAUAAUGUCUGUAUAUUAAAAAAAAGUAAAUAUGCAUUCAAUUGACGAUAAGGCAAAUUCUAUUUGUAAUUGUAGUGUAUUAACUUAAUUUUUAGUGGUAUUGGUACCAAAUAUACUACUUAUGAAAUUUAACAGUGUAAAAACAAUGGAAUGCUGUUCUAAUGUAAAUGGUGCGCUUGAAACCAGGUAUACUUUGUGAUGAUCACUUAUACUGCCGGCUAUAAUGUUACGGAUUACAUAAUUUUAGGUAUUACUUUUUAUAUGCGAGGUAUGUCGAGCUGAAAUGAUUGCAUUAUAUUCCUUGCAGCCACAUGCUGCGCAUAGGAUUGCCACCUUUUUUUUUACAGAAAUAUAGUAUUUUUUGGCAAUUGGCUAAACUGUAUAGUAUUCUAAGUUAAUCCAAGAAAAUAAAAAGGACCUAAGACCAUGAUAUCACGGGAUUUCCGUCUCUGUGCCCGGUUAUUACAUGGGACUUAAACAUAGCUGGCGACGAGUAGAUGUAUUAUACACCUGUGCCUACUCUUUGCAUCCUGCAGGCGUGAUGCUACGUUAUGAAUGACCAAUUUUUUCGGUUAUUUAUUAUUUAAUAAAUAUGUUAAUUAAUGUGGUAUUUUACAUAGCUUUUUAUUGAAAAACAUGAAUCUACUAGCUUUCAAUACAAUACAAAACUCUAUUGCACUUAAAACAUAUAUUAUUAUUAUUAGCUUUCCACACGCUGUUGAACUUCGGUUAUACGGGAUACGCACUUUUUUGAAGUUUCGUGCCCAAUUUGGGACAUUUGUCGAGAGACAUGUGUCUAAACACCGCACGAUAUCUUAUCUCGCUGCCAUGCACCUGAAGAGAGUGGGCGGCGUCGUCGAUAUACAUUUGGGACAUAUGUCGCACGAAAAAGGUCUUCUACUGAGGACGACUUUUUGACAUUGUCACUGGAAAGUUGACAAAUGACAGCGAGAAAACCGAGGGAUUCAUCCAGAACUUUUCAACAAUUUGAUAUUCAAGUGCUUUUAAUUCGCCGUGAUUUAUAUUCCGGCCAUUUAAGUCGAAAAUGAAAUCAUCGAUAAAAAAUAAGUAGUACUUUUGUGUACUAUAUUACAUUUGUAAAAUAUGUAGAAUGAGUUACUCAAAUAUAGUAUAGUGUAUAAUAUAGUAUCUAAAGUGGGAAGCAGGGGAAAGAUUAAGAAGACUAUAAUAUCACAUUGUACGGGUGGGUGGCAACCCUAGCUGCGCACUGGAUAGGCAGACGCGUCCACUGGUAUUAACUGUAAAACAAUUGGCGUUUUAUGUUUUGAACAUCGAUCGAAUCCAGACUGUAUCUUUAUGAUUACACGAAUUUAAUGCUUACGUUUUGCCAACGGAUAGUACUUAGUUUCCCUUCAAGCACGACGAUCAAAGUAGUGAUUUAUAUUAUUUAAGUAUUAUAUCCUUCGGUAAGGUUCUUAGGUAAAGAGGGUCAUACCAAGAUCAAAAUUUUAGCGAAUACAACUAUAAAAAUAGCAGAGGGUGCUUGUCAAACACACUUACAGUUUAUUUAAAUUAUUUGCCGUCAUUUAUCAUAUCAUUGCAAGCAUUCUCUGUUAACUUGUUUGUUAAUCUGCAAUAUAUUUGAUUGAUUAGGUACACAUAAUUGUUAUGUAGUUCAAUUUGGAAAAAAUACUUGAUAAGCGAUUGAUUAGAGAUUAUCUAGUUUAAAAUGUUAGAAGUAAUUUGACGGUGAUAUGGUCACUGAAUAUACUGCCUCAUAAAAUGUUCACUUGUUAGUAUGUUGUAAAAUCAAAGAUGGUUUGUCUUGUUCCCAUACAAAACACUGGUUUUGAUCAUUUAUAUUCUGAAAUAUAGGAGAACUAUGCGGCAGCGACCGGCUUAUUGACUUCCAAAUUAAGAGGGUACCUACACAAAUCAUACUGGUUCAUUUUAUGCACAUUCAAAUCUGUUGACUAGAAUAUAAAGUUGUACUGUUAAAGUGACCUUAGCAGUUUCGAGGUUAAAUGCCAUUUACACAUCCGACCGGCUUUCUUUCUUCAGCCUUAUAUUAAUUUUUAUUCCACAUUUGAAACAUUGUUCACCACUGUAAAAUUGAUAUGAAAUAAGGGACAAAAUAAUUCAGUUACACAGUAUUACACUUUCGCAUACUCUUUAUAGCGAAAAUUAAAAAAUCGUAAGCGAUUUUUUGAAAAAUCACAUUCCGAUGUAUUUUUUGUUAACAAAACUUCGCAAUAGACAAACUAGUUUCAUACCCGGUAAAAAUUGUUGUUUCAAUGUUUAUCUGGAAUGAAAUUAAUAAGGGGCUUUCCAAUCGGCGUUCCCCAAAAAUACGAUAGAUGGCGUUGUUAAGUUUUUCUUCGUUUAAACUUCUAAUUUCAUGGAUAACAGACAUAUGCAUCUUUUCUUUGUUUUUGGGUAUAAAUGAUGAUCCUUUUUAUUACACCAAGAUACAAUUACAAUUUCCACCCGUUAUUAUUCUGGUCAAAAUAAAGAGAAGCAAUAUAGGCAGCAAUAUCAUUCUAUACAUAAUGUGAUCCAAAUAUCAAGCAAGAAUUAGUUUUAUGUUUCUGCCAUUACAUUACAUUUUUGAAUAAUUAUAUACCCCAGCAAUAAGAAAAUUGGUAAUUAUGACGUUCAUCUAUCGUGUAUUUGGGGAACAUCGAUUGAGAAGUCAUUGAAAGAGGUUUUGUUGAAGAAAAUCACUUCAGAAUGUCAUUUUUCAAGAAGGCGCUUACAUGGUCUUCUCUAUAAGGUGGUAUACAGUAUUUGGGCAAGACUUACUGACAAUUAAUGCUGCGCAUCAUUUACUGCCCAAUCAUGGAAUGGUUGAAUUGGUUGUAUUGUAUUUAUUUGUAAUAUAUUGCUAGUAACAAUCUAUCUAGCUUUUGUGAUAUUCCAACAAGGAAUGGCAUGUAUAAAAAUCUAUGAGCUAGAUGAAAAAAGUUGCAUAUUGUUGAUAAAUAAGCCAUUAUGAAAUAUUUUCAUUUAGAUAUCACAAUAAAAUGCCUCAACUUUCUUUUG